AUGUUUUAUUUCCACUGUCCUCCGCAAUUAGAGGGUACUGCACCCUUCGGGAACCACUCCACUGGAGAUUUUGACGAUGGCUUUUUACGGAGGAAACAACGUAGAAAUAGGACAACUUUCACUCUUCAGCAGCUGGAAGCUCUUGAGGCAGUUUUUGCUCAAACACACUAUCCAGAUGUCUUCACUAGAGAAGAGCUAGCCAUGAAAAUAAACCUCACAGAAGCCAGAGUGCAGGUUUGGUUCCAAAACCGACGAGCCAAAUGGAGGAAGACUGAAAGAGGGGCUUCUGACCAGGAAGGGUCUAAAGAACAAAUGACAGAAGUGACUCCACCAGUAAGGAGCAUAAAUUCCCCUUCGCCCGUUGACCAAACCAGAAACAAAAAAGACAGCUUGGAGGUGCAGCAGAGCCUAGGCAGAACGGUGGGUCCAGCUGGCCCUUUCUUCCCCUCGUGCUUACCUGGAACUCUUCUAAACACAGCUACCUAUGCCCAAGCUUUAUCUCAUGUUGCAUCUUUGAAAGGGGGUCCUCUGUGUUCUUGCUGUGUUCCAGAUCCCAUGGGGCUGUCCUUCCUCCCCCCCUACGGCUGCCAGAGCAACCGCACUGCCAGCGUGGCCGCCCUCCGCAUGAAAGCGCGGGAGCAUUCGGAGGCCGUGCUGCAGUCUGCCAACCUCCUGCCCGCCGCCACCAGCAGCAGCAGCAGCAGCAGCAGCAGCCCCACCCCGGCGGCCAAGCCCGUCCCGGACGCCAACCUGGACAAGAUGCCCCCCACCACCAAGGAACAGACGGACGGGGAAAAGAGCGUAUGA